CCAGCAGGCAGGAGGGCAGCGCUGGAAGGGCCGAGGGAGGAGGCGCUCGCUGCGGGACGGGCGCGCUCUGCGGGCGGAGGCCGCGCUGUCACCACGGCGAGCGGGGGGGCACGGCUAAGCCGAGCGGGGACCCGCGGUGACACGGCCUGACAGAGCCACCCCCGCGGGACACGGGCUGCAGAGCCCGCGGGGACACGGACUGAGAGACACCCGGGACCACAGCGGGGUAUCCGCGCUGCGACACCCACCGGGCCACCAGCGGGGGACACCGCGUGCCACAGCCACCGGGCCACCAGCGGGGGACACCGCUUGCCACAGCCACCGGGCCACCAGCGGGGGAAAGGGCUUCAAGGUUUGCGAGAGCCACCGGAACAGCAGCGGGACCAUGGCUGCCAUCGACGAGCGCACCUUCAUCGCCAUCAAACCCGACGGGGUGCAGAGGGGGCUGGUGGGGGAGAUCAUCAAACGCUUCGAGACAAAAGGAUUCAAACUGGUCGCCAUGAAAUUAGUACAGGCCUCUGAGGACCUUCUGAGGGAGCACUACAUCGACCUCAAGGACCGGCCGUUCUACGAUGGGCUGGUGCAGUACAUGCACUCGGGCCCUGUCGUAGCCAUGGUGUGGGAAGGUCUUAAUGUGAUUAAGACUGGAAGACUGAUGCUGGGGGAAACCAAUCCAUUUGAUUCCAAGCCCGGCACUAUUCGUGGGGACUUCUGUGUCCAAGUUGGAAGGAACAUCAUUCAUGGCAGUGAUUCUCUGGAAAGUGCUGAGACAGAGAUCAAUUUAUGGUUCACUCCUGAAGAACUGGUUGAUUACAGAAGCUGUGCUCAUGAGUGGAUCUAUGAUUAACACCCAGCCUGGAUCUUCUGAUAUCCCCAUGUCCAUGAGCAACUGCCAGCCUCUAGCUAUUCUGAAGAAUUCCCUGGUAGAAACCUCAGAAAACAGUGAGAUUGCUCUGUUGUGGAUGUUAAAUAGAGUCAGUACUUGCUGCUCCUUUGAUUUAAAAGCUGACAAGUUACAGAUGGAAUUGCACGUUUUAAAAGCUGCUUCUGGGAUUGAGAGAUAUGAGGUGAAAAACAACACAGAGCAGAUAACAGAUAUAUUUUUCUGAAGCACUUUAUAGUCAUAGAGAGUAUUUUGGUAAACAUUAAAAAAAUAGGUAAAAAUUUAUUUGGUAAAUAAAUAUGCAAAUGGCUCAGAGUCAGAGGUUAACUUUGCUAAAACACGAGAGGACAACUGAUGGUGUGUAAAUGCAUUGAUAACAUGCCCAAAUGUUGAGGAUUUAUUUUAUAUCAAGUCAAGUGUGUCCCCAUUCCUAAAUCAGCUGCAGAAAAAAAGCCCAUGUUCUCUCCCCAGAACAUGCUGUGUGCACAGAGAGCUCAGCUCUGGCUAAAAUGACAUCUGGCCUCCACAUUGACACUGUUUCAAUUGCUCUUUUUUUCCUUCUACAUGGGAUUUAUUUAGCAUUUUAAGAUUAAAAUUUAAAUUUAAUUUAGCAUUUAAAGAUUAACUGACCAGGCUUUAUGAAAUGGCCUUUUAUGUGAAAAGAAGAUUAAUGUGAGGAUGGAUGAGGGAGAUUCUAAGUGGUGUUUGCUUUGCCAGCUGAACAGCUGAUUAUUUAGCUUUGUUCUCUUUUAGUGUCCUUGUUGGGGGUUAGGUUGCUUUUCUUUUGUUCUUUCUUACCUAUAGAAUUUUUCCCUUGAGUUGCUGGAAAACGACUGCUGGUAUUUAUGGGUACUUGAGAAAACAAAGGGUUGGCCGGGCCCAGGUAAAAGGAGGGCAGGGAGCAACUGCCCCUCUCUCUGCUGCUUCUGGUAGGAGCUGCUGCUGCUUGAGAAAAGGAAUUCACCACAACCCAACCCAGAGCUUCUUGUUCUUCUUC